AUGGCCUUUAAGUUUGUUGCCUUCUCCUGCUUCGUGGCUUUGGCCCGAGCUAGUCCAUCCGCGGUUGCUGCUCCCGUUGUUGCUGCUGCGCCAGUCGUAGCUGCUCCGGCUUUAGCUAAACUCGAAGAAUUUGACCCGGCUCCACAGUACAGAUUUGGAUAUGACGUCGCUGACUCUCUAACCGGCGAUUACAAGAGUCAAACGGAGCAACGCGAUGGUGAUUUAGUGCAAGGCUCAUACUCCCUUGUUGACCCCGAUGGCACCCGCCGCACUGUGGAUUAUUCUGCUGACUCCGUCAACGGAUUCAAUGCGGUGGUCCGUAAAGAGCCUUUGGUUGCUGCGACUCCAGCUGUCAUCGCUGAGCCCGCUGUGGUGCCCGCUCGCUAUGCCGCCGCACCGGUCGCUGCUCCUGUCGUAGCUGCCAAGUAUGCUGCUGCACCAGUAGCCGCUCCCUUAACUUACGCUGCAUACACCGCUCCUGUUCAGGCUGCCAAGUAUGCUGCAGCACCAGUAGCCGCUCCUCUUACUUACGCCGCAUACACAGCUCCUGUAGCGAGAGUAGCUGCCUACACUUCAGCAGUACCCGUCGCCUACUCAGCACCCGUAGCUAGAGUAGCUUCACCACUGUACUCUCCUGUGGCUAGGCUGGCCGCACCUUACGUUGCUGUUUAA